UAUAGGUUAGUUUUAUUCAACUCAACAACUACCCAAUAAUCUCAAUAUUCACUGUAAGUUGUUUAACGAGGCGACAUGUCACUUGAAGUUGAAAAGAUAGCUAUCUUAUAAUAGUUCUCUCGAGAAAAAAUUGUUCUCUUGCAUGUUUUCCUUUGUUGCUUCAUAAGCUUCUUAAUUUUGUAAUAUAUUGAGAUGAGCGACGAUACCUUAGACAAAAAAACAUUAGUUGAUGUUGCCAAUGAUUAUUCCAGUUUUUUGAAAAUUGAUUUCUCCAAAGAUGUAACCAUGGUGCGUCAGAACGUAGAAGACAUGUUGACCCGGUUAGAGGAAUUUCAAAGUGUACUUGAAAUGGUACAAUCAGAAGCCGGGACCGAACAGAUGAAGCAGGAGGUGCUGGCAAGGGGAGGGGAGUUGGAUGCGUUGUGCGCACGCGUGGAUCGGUUGGAGGGGUUGGUGCAACGGGUGGAGUAUGACGUCACAGCCGUCGAAGUGGUGGUGCAACGUGCCGAAAGCGAGUUGUUACGAGACAGCCGUGCCGGGUUGCAUAAGCUAAUACCAACGUUCUUUAAAAAGAAAGAGCCAUCGCUGGGAAGCGGAAGUGGAGCUCAGCUUGCUCCCUUUGAGGCGCCACAAAUUUUCAAAACAACCGAUUUUUUCCCACCUACAGCAGAGGAACCAUCCUAACAACUAAGCCUUAUUUACCUUCAAUAGAGGAAAAAUGAGUUGUGUAAUUUUUUAGUAAUUUGUAAUCUCUCUUAAAUCAAGGGCCUGGUUUAUAAAUGUUAUGAAAUCCUUAAAUGUUGGAAAAGGGCUUCCACACAUUAUUAUUAAUGAAAUAAUCAUACAGCUCGUCUUACUACCCAAAUCUGUUGUGAAUCUCGCUUCCAAUGAAUUUUUGAUCUAAUCAGAAACAGAAGCCGUUAGAAUACAAUUGCUUCUUAUUGGAGUGUUCACAUAAUUAUUGUCAAUGAAAAUGUGUGAACACUCUCAUAAGAAGCAAUGAAAUGUUUGCCCACCAGAGCAGAAAUUCAUUGGAAAGCAGGAUUUAUUUCACUUUAUAGAUACAUUCAGGGAGUCGUUCUCUUAUAUUUCAGAAUCUUUAAUUAUUUGCGACUUGAUAAACAAGAUCAGCUGACAAUAGGGUGGGAACACUCCUGAUACCCAAUCAAUGAAAACAUUGAUACGCAACAAAUUAGGGGAAAUGUGUAUUUUUGCAGAGUGUUGGUAUACAUAGUACAUAGCCUGGAACCGAAGAGUCCUAGUAAUUAGACCGCUGAAGAAGAAAGAAGAACGGAAGAAAAAGAAGACGUAGAAGAAGAAGAUCGGCCAAUAAGCAAUGACGCAAUUUCAUCUACCACUUUGUCAAAAAAAUCAUUUAGAUGAAUUGGCAAAAAGGAGAACGUGACGACGAUGAUGAAACUGAAGAUGGUGAUAAAGGUAGUGCAAUAAGUGGUAAUAAAUAUUUUCAGUGUGCAGUUUGAGCCCGAACCUUCAACCAGUCUUUUAAUUUGAAUAAGCAUAUCGUGGGCAAGGAAAAUGCAUCAAGUCCAAUUUCUCCAAACUUUGAUUUAAGACUUUUCAUAAGUUUUAUUAACUAUAAACUAUGAAUGUUGAAUAAUUAAUUAUCAAACAAAUGAUGACUAUUCAAUUUCUUGCAGUAUGAAAUUAUUUUGUGAAAAAUCACUAUAAGGAAAAAUUAUGAUUGAUGUUAGAAAUUAGAAAUUGAUUUCCUGAAAAAUUUACUUUUCUGGACUUGGUGGAUUUUCCGUGUAUGCCCACGAAUGCUCGCUCAUACGAAGAGGAACUUAUUUUGUACUAGACGUUCCACUCGAUCUGAUUAUAUGAAUAGGCAUAUGCUUAAUCACACAAAAGAGAAACGUAAAGACGAGAGGCAACACGUAUGUACAGUCUGUGAGAAACAUUUCACUCGUUUGGAGCACUUUACUAGGCACAUGCUCAUCCACACCAAAGAAAAAAAUUACGAGUGCCCAGUAUGUACUAAACGAUUCUAUCGAUCUGAAAAUUUAAAAAAGCAUAUCCGUACUCACAAUAAAGUAAAGCCUCUUUGAAAUAGUAUGAACUCCAAAUUUGAAGGUACGGUAAUACUCUUAAUUAGUAAUUUUUUGCUACCGUUAGUUGUAGGACAUUAUUUACGAGACUAUCCAAAAUUCAAUGCUUUGGCACUUGAUUCUGUGAUAAAAAACCCCAUUGUUUGCUAAAAUGUACUGGACUUAUACAGCAAUAUUGAUCCAUUUCAGAAAGUAUUAACCUUAAAUAGAGUUAUGAAUUGUUUUUGAUAUAACAUUCUAGAAUAAUUGAGAGAUUACUUUUGUUUUUUGUAAAUCAGCGUUUUUUAUUUCUCCUAGAAUGUAAGAAAUCUUCAUUCCAUUUACAAAUUACCCUCUUGAAAACCUUUUUUAUAGCAAAGCAUUUAAUUGUUUUUCGAUUAAUAACAUUUGUUGAAUAUAACAAUCGAAUAUUAUGUUGAGCAAUUCCAUUCACUAGAUACAUUGAUCUCAUGAUGCCAUGUUUACCACAGUUGCAGUGUGUUAUCUAUUAUUACAGAUAUACUGGAAUUUCACGUAUCAUAAACCAGUUCUUAAAUCAAUAAAAUGUUUAAUUUUUGUAUUUAUAAUUUGCAACACGAAUAAAAAAUAUAUAUUAAAUUAUCUGUGAUAACUGUAUAGGAUAAUUAUUAUUUCAAGAAAAUUGUAGAACUUUUUAUGCAUGCGCAUUUAAACAUAGAAUUUAUAUUGUCAUUACCUUUUUAUAAUAUGUAUGGUUUCAUUUAUUUCAAAUAAAUAGAUAUAUAUAUAU